AUGCUGAUCCUCCUUCUCCUCUCUUCGGUUGCAGUAGUUAGUCUGGGAACAGUGGCGGAAGCGGCAGAGAGCGUAUGCAACCUGCCCCUGGAUAAGGGAGAACAAAGCGUCGACUGGGGGGCAAAAUAUGGCUACAACCCUGAUGAAAAGAUCUGCGAACUUUUCAACUAUGGUGGAAAGGGUGGUAAUGCCAACAGAUUUGAGACAAUGGAGGAAUGUGAAAAAGCAUCUAGACUUUGUUUCAAGAGACCGCCAGAGAACGUAUGCAACCUGCCCCUGGAUAAGGGAGAACAAAGCGUCGACUGGGGGGCGCAAUAUGGCUACAACCCUGAUGAAAAGAUCUGCGAAACUUUCAACUAUGGUGGAAAGGGUGGUAAUGCCAACAGAUUUGAGUCGAGGACGGAAUGUGAAGAAGCAACUAAGCACUGUCCCCAGAGAGGUAGGUCAAAGAGCUUUUUCUUCUUUUCCUAUUAUUAG